UAGAAAGUGGACAUGGCAGAGGACAUUCUUGUGGAUGUGGACAAUAGUGAAGAAGGCAGGUCUUACUGGGACCAAGGUGACAAAAUAUCUACCAGUAAGAUAUUCAACAAAAUGGGCAUAGGCAGACAUAGCAAGAAAGGAUUCAAGCUGGCUACAGCGUGUUUGGGGGUGCUGUGUGUGAUUCUACUUAUUGUCAUCAUAUCACACAAAUCACACAAUAACUGCAAUAACGACAACAGUGAUGGGACAUUUCAACGACUAACAGCUGACAACAAUGUGACCCACAACACAGUCCAGUCAGAGACGAUUUACAGCAACCUGAAUAAACAGAUGAACCUCUUGCUGACCAGUCACAACAUUUUGAUUCAAGAGAAGUCCCAAGUACUGACCCGUUACAACAACUUGACUGAUGACAGAAACCUCUUACAGAUAAGUUACAACGAUCUAAUCUUACAGAAGUCACAAUUAAAUAGCAACUAUACCAAUCUGAGCAGAGAGAAGUCUGAUUUGCAAACUAGCAACGCCAUGCUGUCUGAUGAGAAAGCCCAGCUACAGGCCAGUUACAACAACUUGACCAGAGAGAGAGAUAAUCUUCAGACGCUGCUUACCAAAUUAGAUUCAAGACUUGCAGAUGGAUGGAUUGCCAGAAAACCAAGUCUCUACAAAGUCAGCAGUGAGAAGAGAUCCUGGCAGGAGAGCAGAGACAGCUGUUUAAACAUGGGGGCAGACCUGAUCGUUGUGAAUGACAUAGAGGAGCAGAAAUUCCUAUUACCAUAUAAGAAUGUCUGGAUUGGACUUUCAGAUACUGACAACGAGGGUGUCUGGAAAUGGGUAGACGGCACACCACUGACCAUAAAGUACUGGGCACCUGGUGAACCUAACAAUGCAGGGAAUGAAGACUGUGCAGAAAUCUCCUCAAAAGCUGCCAACCCUAUGAAAGCUUGGAAUGAUGUCCCAUGUUAUAGUUCAUUUCAAUACAUUUGUGAGGACCAUUUCUAAGAACUUCUAUCAGUCUCCACUGAUUGAGUCAAUAUAUGUGUAUGAGCAUUACAGCAAUAUCAAUUACCAUAAUAAAAAGCAUAAAUUAACUAUUUGCAAUCAGGAAAUGCAAUGCAAAAGGCAAUGUUUGUGUUCCAUCCUCUGUACCCACUGAAAGCUGUGUAGUUAUAGUUCUGCUAUGUGUCUGUGUAGAACUGUGCAACUUAGCUUAAAGGUCCAGUCAGCAACCGUUCGCGUACCAUAUUUUGUCACAUUCAGCGAACAUCUCCUUACGAUCCGCUAGCUUCCCAUCCCAUGAGUAGUACUGUACAAAAAACCCGCAAAAAAAACUAGGCAGCCCAGGCUCCGAAAACUGUAAUCAAACAAAGUGGGGGUAGCAUGUCCCCCAAACAAAAAUGUGCACUGUGUGGAGUUUCUCUGGGAAUAGGGGGUGAGCUACCUCUCUGGUGUUUGUUCCUUGAUUUUUAUAUAAUGUACGUUGCUUUGGACAAAAUGUCUGCUAAGAAAUAAACUUGUGAUGUAAGCACAA